GGGGGGGAUUUUGUUUAGUGUUUUUCCCAAUAUGUGCGGGUAAUGGGAGGGAAGGAAGGGUUACUGCCUCAACAUUUUUUGAGGGGGAGGGGAAGGUUGAGAAUAGAAAGCAAAUAAAAUACACGAGCAUGUUGCCUUUGAAAUGGAGGAUCUUGAAAUAAUGGUUGUAAGAGACAAUACUGGAAUAUUUUAUAUGGUCUGUUUUUUUCACUGUGAAAACUCAGUAUUUUUACAUACUUGGGUUCCAGUUGCUAAGAUUCUACCCACACAGCAGGACUGAUUACUGAAUAAAAGUUUCCAACCUGUUACUCACUUUACCUUCUCUUGCAGUCAGUGAUGCGUUGAGUUUGACAGCCUGAAGAAGGGCAAGAACCAGAUAAUUCCACCCUUAUGUGUGUAUCCAGCUCAGACAGUGAAGAAAUACAUAUAGAGCUUCCUUGUGCUGGGAACAGGGCAGAUGUUAUGAAAAGGCCUGACAGGAGCUGUCAGUUCUGUCUAUGCUUUGUGACAGAUCGUGGAAGGGAUUUGGUGACACGGAGGGUUAUGCCUGUGGAGCACUCAGGCCAGUACUUCUGUCUAUUGUUAUGAUGUACUGAGUACUUGUAUAACCCUUGGCAGCGCAGGGUGAGUUGGCAGCAUCAUGGAAUUAUAGCUCUUCCUGGACACAGGGCAAUUAAGUUUAAAAAAAAAAAAAAGAUACAGUGAACAAAAGAAGGCUUCUGUGCAACUUUGGUUCAAAACCAGCCUGACCUCGGACACCACGAGCAGUACUCUGGAUUGCUAGGCAGUGCACAAAGACAUCUAGUGGCUAAGCGAGCUACUGCAAGGUAAGCACCGGUAGGAGCUCAUCCCACCUUUCACCAGAGGGAGAAUGUUCUGUUCUGCAGUCUUUGAUCUGUCUUCUGAAAAGUCCCUUUGUGCAACCUCAUCAGGGCAUUGUCCAUAAUGCUAAAUGGUGGUAUAAGAAUAUGCUUACUAAAAGAGAAACUUCUAACAUUUGAAACAGAGAAAAAAUACUAAGGCUCAAUAUUAGAUAUAAAAGGAACAAUUGGGUAACUAAUUCGGAUUCCUGAUAUUUUAAAGAAAUAGUCUGUGCAAAUGGAAAUGUUCAUAUGUAUGUAGCUUUCUCUAUUUUUUCCUGUAAGAAAUUCUUAGAGAGAAAUGCUAAUCUCUGCUAAAUGGCAUGAAAUUGGUAUUUACUGCAAGAGUUCCAGGAAUUGGAAACAGUAUCAUGUAUUCAGACAGAAAGGAACUUGGAAGAGAAUUCCAGGAAAUAGCAUUGCCUGGCCUCCUAGCUAUGUUGUCCAAGAAAGUGUAAAAGCAGAAGUACAUUAAGUUCUUAAAAGUUUUUGAUACUACACUUUCUACAGAUACAUGUGUGCAUUUAAAUAUCCAAGUGGUUUCCCACCACUGCCUGCAAGUAUUAGCAGUCUGUCUGUGGGAUUCCGUGCUCACAUAUCAAGCAGUCCACAGUGUCUCAUGAGUGUAUGCCAUCUAAAACAAAUUGGGGAAGAAGCAUUUUUUCCACAGGUGUGUAUUACCUUUGAUGGUAUUGACUAUGCUACGGUAUCAAAGAACAAGUGGGGGAUCUCUGAACAGGUUAGGACAAAAUGGGAGCUUUCCAGUGAAAUUACUGUGUGUGCAGUGAGGCUGAAUGGUUAAGGCAGAAGAGAAUGAUUCCUACGAAACAGUGAAGCAGAACAGCUAGGGAAGCUGUUUCAAGUACAAAGCUACUGUGUUUGGCUCAGAGGCCUCAGUGGGAAGUGAGGGAUGGGGGAUGUGACACCAAAAGCAAUUUGUGCACUGCUAGGUUUGGAUGGCCUAAUUAGUCCUUUUUCCCACCUGGAUUCCCUCUUUAUGGUUGUAUAUCCACUUGGGGUUGUUCCCACCCACAUCCCAGAAAUGCUUGUCUGUUUGCCAUCCCUAAAUCCCCUCCAGCACACUCUGAAAACUUGAUAAACACAAGUGCAUUCUCUACUUUUUCAUGUCCAAACUUCAGAUUCCUAAUGGAAACUACACUUUUUAUUUCUUGCUGAUUUUGACCUAUUCUGUGCCUACUUUUGCUGCUCCACCCCUCCAUAACCCCUCCUUCCUCAGUCUGGGGAUAUUACCAAAAGCGUACCAGGCAGCAGUAAAAACCCCACUGUUUUUAACUUAUAUGGCUUGUAGCUCACCUGUAAUGGAAACUGCACUGUUUGUUUGCAUGGCUCUUAAACCUAUCACUUUACACAGCAGUUUUGAAGCAGGUUUUGAUUUACCCCAGCCUGGUCUUGGAAAGAAAAGUGAAACUGAGAACACCAUUGUUGAGGACCUCACUGUCAAACCCAUCAAACCCAGCUCUCCUGGGGACCAGGAGCUGGUGUCUUUCCUUUUCUGUCAUGUGGUGUUUUGGGGGGGACCCUGCUUCUGGGCAGGGUGUGGGGUGCACCAACAUUUUGGGAAAUGAGAGGCUGAAUGAGGCCCCUCAGUCCUGCCUAAAAGAUGCCUUUGUGUUCACACCUGCUGCCUGGAGAGGAUCUGUUGCUCCUUUUGGCACCCAGUGAGGGUGAAGUGACUGCUGGUGCUGAGGAUUUUUGCUGUUUAUUUCUGCUAACUUGCAGCAAUUCACACCUUGCUCCCAGAGCCUCCUAGGCCUGCUCCAUUUUUCUGCCUUGUGUGAAGUAAUUAAACUGCUUUGAAGCUUCUCUGUUUGACCAGGGACAGCAGGACCCCUGGCUGCAGGGUGGCAGAAAAGGACAGAUCCUUUCCCUGGGUCUUCUUUUUAGAGAACAAAUUGUGAGUCCAGUAUCUGGUGGAGGUGUCUUGUGAUCAGGAGUUAAAUUGCCUGGUGUCAGUGCCCUCAGCUUGUUUUACAUGAUAAGGACAAAAGUCCCCAUGGUUUUGGCUGUAAUAAGGAGAAAAAAAAAAAAUGAAACAAGGGUCUCUAGAGGGUGGAAAUAUGAACUGGGUUAGUACUUAAUUAAGUUGCCUAUUAACAGUUGUGUAGCAGCUUGGAAGAAUUUUAAUGUACCAAUUAAAGCAAGGAGCUAUCUCCUCAGCUUCCCACCACCUCUGGGGACGCUGUCAAGAAUGGGAAGCUUCACAGAUCAAGUGCUGUUUAUUUUGUUCCUUCCAGCUUGUUAAAAAGUGUUCUAAAUUUGGGAUGUGGCGGAUGCCCAUGGACAUGGUUACUUCUGUGAUGCAGUGAAGCAUCAGCUCCUGAUAAGGAUUAGCAUAGGAAAGAAACAGGAACGUAAUGCUGUCUGACUCCAUUAAAAACCACACAACUAGUUACUUAUGAUUUCUCUGCAUUGCUUCAUGAGGAGGGAGAGGUUUGGGGCAGCUCUGCAGCAGCUCACCCAGCUCUGUUGUAAGCAGCAGGGAUGGAGGCUCCCCGCUCUGAACAUGCCUUGUGCAAGAUGAUUUGAGAAAGUUGCUGCUCUGACAGCUGGGAAUCUUCAAAUUUACAGCCAAAAGGUACUUAAGGCUAUUUUAGACCUAUUUGUUCACUUGUUCAGAUUGCUCUUUCUCCCUGGUUUUGCUCCCAAAGGUGCUGCUGAAGAGCAGUUGUGCCCUGAUCACUGCAUGCAGGCUCCUUCUUAUCCUUCCUCCAGGAGGAACUUGUGAGAUGAGUCAUCAGCAAAACCACACUUACAGAAGGGCUUUAACUGUCCUAUUCCUUGAGUACUGGUAUUCUGGAAGAAGUAGAAAUUUAACCCCAGAGUUGAUAACAUCAUGUUUUGUUCUCAGUCAUGUGCAAUGUAUCUUGUAUUGAAUCAAGCCAGGCUCAUCUUACUGAGUUCCUGAGUGCCCCAGGAGGAAAAGACUGAGCAUAAAGGGUACACAUAACCUGGGGAGACAGGGGCCUCCCCUUAUCCAAACAUUAUGUGAUCUGAUCCCCCUUCUGCGGUGGUUUUGGAGGAGGGAAGGGCAGAUGGGUUCCCUGCAGCCUUCAACAAGGCUGGAGGGGCCUUAGUGAGGAUGUGUCCUUGGUACCUCAGCUGGGGAAGUGACAGAUUUCCACCCGCAGCCCUUUGGGGUGGGCUUGGCUAUGGGGACAAGAGUCUGGUGGAAGGUCUGAGGACAGGGAUUGAAUUGUCCCUCUGGAGCUGAGGCCCUUUUUGUCUCCUUGUACAAAAAAGCAGAGGCUGAGUAAAUCCUGCUGAGCUCUCCACACCUGGAGCUGCCGUGGUGAAAACAAACACCUGCAAAGCAUUAGCAGAGGAGGGGCACUUUGGUGCAUUUUGAUGGAAUUCAUUGCACCUGGCUGGGGCUGGACUGGCCGCAGUGCCCAUGGGGCUCCCUUGGAGCUUGGCUUCUCAGCACCCGGCACGCUGCCAUCACUAAAAGUUCAAAAUCAUCCUCAAUAUCCAGACUUGGCUGCAAAUGACAAUUUUUCAGCUUCCCAGGGCUGACCAAACCACAGCAGCUGCUGUCCAAAUGUGCUUUGUUGCAAGCUAGUGCUUCCUCUGCAGGGAUGCUGCAGACCCCUUACUGCUGUCAGCAGGGCAAGUCUUGGCAUGGAGGGAGUGCCUCAGAAAGGGGACACCUCCAACCACAGGCAUGCUUUAAAUCAGCAUUAUGGACGCUUGUUUUAUUUGGGUAUUCUGUCUCCCUAACAUUGGGAACGCUGUCUCAUUUAAAGCUGCUUCUAGAUUUUAUUGAGAUAACCUGGAAAUCAGUCGGAACUUCACAGGCGGCUGUUUGUGUCAGCAAAGCAUAAGAUGUGGAAGAGGCUAUAGAAACCAGGGUUAGGAGACUGUACAGACAUAGAUCUGAAUUCCUUUACCAGUGAUGGGAUGAGGAGGGGACCCCGGGUCUCUCCACUCCCAUGGUGUGGUCUAAUGGUGAAUGUAAGUGCUGUCUGUAAUCCUGACUUUAAAUGCACACAGAGCCAGCAGAGAGCAGCCUAAGUCAUGUGAAAGCAUAGAAAAAUGGUCGUCGUUUUUUUUUUUUUUUUUUUUUAAUUAACACAUGGCUUAUUUUUUACUGGCCUGGGCUUGGGAAAUGCUGCAAGGGAAUUUUGUCCUAUAGCUUGGGGCUGUCUCCACUGCCUGCAGAGCCACUUUCACAGCUCAGGUGCCAUUUAAUGAAAGAAAUCCAAUUCCACCCGUCAUCAUUUAUUGUAAGGGUCCACCAGAGCUUUUGGUAUCCCUCCAUCACCCCAAGUCAGGAAGCCCUGGGCAGUCAUCCCCCACUGCUGCGCUCCAUCCUGCUCCCCAUGCAUCCUGUGCAGAUGCUGCUCUGUGUGUGACAUGGGACUCGGUGUGCAUUCUCCAUGUCCCUUUGCAUUUGGAUCAUGUCCUCCGAUAAACACUGCUCUGUUCCUCUUGAGGUUUGAAUGGAGAAUGAGCUGUGGGAUUUCAGGCAAAGGCAGCGUUAUUUUGGAGCGCCACAGCCUUCCAAGAGGGAUUUAAGGAGCUCUGAGUGGUUGGGAGAAUAUCUCCUCUCAAAUCUGAACAGGCAGCUCGAUAAGUGCAAAGUUGAAGAAAGUGUCCUCUCCCCCUUGUAUGCCAUUAAUAUUUAGGGCCGGCCCUCAAUUAUUCAUUCCUUCAGGGUGUGCUUUUAUCAUCUCAGUGCUACAGGAUUAGCUUGUGCACUGUCUCUGAGCACUCAGAAAAUACCUUUCCCCAAGAUAUGUGAAACUUCAUAUCUGAGAGGACUUUUGCAGGCAAAAUAUAUGCCAUGCCAUUAGUCGAAGAAAGCAAACCUUCCCCAUCCCCACCCGCAGCUCCUUUCAGACCACACACUGCUGAGCACUGGCAGAUGUGCAGGAUCCAGCUGUGACCUGAGCACGUUGUCUCCUCCCAUUGCAGCAGCAGGGCACAGCUGGAUGGUCCUGCAGAAACAUCCGGGGGAUGUUUCAUCAUUCCCAGCUGGAAAAGGUACUCCACCAAGUACUUUUCAGACCAGCAUCUGUGGUGGGAUGGAUGGUCCAUCUGAAACUCAUUGUUAUCUAAUGAGAAGGUAUAUCAGGUACAUGACUCAGUCAGCUAACACAGAGGUCAUGGCACAUAUGAAUAUAGGAAGUUUGUCCCAGAUGCUUGCUUCAGCAGCCAGGGCCAGGCCACAGACCAGUUCCAUGCACCUCCAUUGCCUUUGGCACAGCUGGAUCGUUUGUCUGAGCUGCAGACAGAUCGAAGGAAGUGGUGAUUAAAUACCCGAAUUAUUGACAUCCGCACUGUAAAUAUCAGACUUGUUAAUAGCCUGUCUUCAUGCUGGGUCUCAAAGCCUGACAGUCAUCUUGCUAAGAUAACCAUAAUCAAACCACAUGUUUUGGAGCACAGCUUGAUCAGGGCAGGGGCUGGGAAGAAUCCUGUUUCAUUUACUCUAAUUUUCUUUUUAUUUAAUUAAGCAAAGUUUACUGUGGAUUUAGCAUUGCCUUUCUCCCCUCAGGAGCCUGAGCUGCGAGAGGCAUGCAAGCACCAUGCUGCUGCAAUCACUGCAAUGACAGAGUGGGUCAAAACAAGGAAAAAGCAGGAGGAUGAAUGUCCCCACCACCACUCCGCCAAAAUUGGGCAGAAUCAAUUUCUACGCUUCUCAAUCCUGAACGGUGUGUAGGUGGCAUCUCUGGCACAAAGCUGGAUGCCAAUUCAUCUGUCUGUGCUGGAGAGGUGGGAGAUUUUGGCUGCCUUCGCUUCCAGUGGGGAAAAAGAGAAGCUUCUCAAGGAUGUCUGAUGGUAAGUGGUGUGAGCACCCCUCUGAGCACGAAACAGAAUUGAAUCGUAGGGUCAUAGAAUCGUUAAGGUUGGAAAGACCAGUAAUAUCAUCUAGUCUGACCAUCAGCCCAUCAUCACCAUGCCUGCUAAUAGGUAUCACUCAGUGUUGACAUCUACAUUGAGUUUGCCUGGAAAACCAGCUACAUUGUAAAUGGACUUUGGAGUGUCGUGAGGGUGUCAUAACCCUUCAGCUCCAUACAUUGUAUUUCUAUAUCCUAAUUUCACUUCUGGGCAUAUUCUCUCACUUAAUUUGUGUGGAAAAAUCUGAAAGGGGUACGGAUCAAAUGUGUCGCUUGAGAUCCCUGUGCCAGGACUCCAGCACUUGUAUUGCACAAAAAUGCAUUGUGAUGGCCAGAGGGAGCCUCUGGUGUCCCAGUCUGUUCCCACUGCCUCUUAUCCUGGCACUGGGCAGCACUGAAAAAAGCCACAUGAAAAUGGCAAGAUGAGAAACAGACACUUAGUGGAGCUGGAAAAAACGAGACCCUGAAGUAGGCAUGCAGUCUGCAGUUGUUAGGACUCGGAUUUGCACUUACUUUUGCUUCCCACUAAAAGCAAUGAAUGAAGCCAGUUAAUAGCUUACCUGCCCGAGGAGCUGUAAUGUCAGACCCCUGGAGGAGUUGGAAGGGCUGCUCUCACCCCUGGAAGAUUCUCACUGGCUACCAGAUAUUCUUUUAUCAUCACGCAUUAAAGUGAAAGCCCUACAUUUUUCUCUGUGACCGUAUUGCAGAACAUAACUUGGGAACGUUCUGAAUAGGAAAUUCUGACAGAUUGCUUUUUGUAAGGGAACUUUAGGGGAAAAAAGCAGCCGUGACCCUCUGCUAAAUGGCACCCGUAUGAGAGUACUGCAUCGACAGGUGAUACCAUUGGCAGCAUUGCACCUUGCUCAGUGAGUGCCGCCAGAGGGACCCCGCGGAGCAGCCAAGUAUGGCCUGGGGGGAGUGCGGCACGAAGGGGGGAUGUGGGCAGUGGGGGGCAGCAGGCUUGGCGUGGGGAUGGCAAGCUGCUUCUGAGUGAGUGUGGAAAAGGGCAAAUGGAAAAAAAGGUGGGGGGGAAAAAAAGAGGAAGAAGCGACGAAUCGUGGCUUCCCAUUCAUCUGAGAUUUGCUGCACAUCAUUAUUUUUUUUGCAUUUGGGAUGAUGAAGGUAGAGAUGCCCCGAUAAUUAAGGCUUGCUGCUAUGGUGUUUGUUCUGUAGUAGGCUUGUUUGUGAUGUUGCAGGUGUGAAGGCACCAACAGGGAGCGAUAAUGUGUAGUUUCAGGUGAAGGUGGGAGCUUGGUCUCUUUUCUUAGGGGACUACAUAUACCUGCACAUGCGAUGGUUAGAGGAUGACUGUGCCACGUCCAUCCCCCUAAAAAACCAAGCCAACCAACCACAACAGCAACAACAACAACAAAAACAACUCCCCAUGAAAUUUCUGAGGAGAGUUACAAACCAGCAGUUGGAAGAAAGAAGAGCAACCCAAGGACAGUUGUUACAUCCCAGCAAACUGCUGGGUUCCACUGUGCUAAAAGCUGCAAUUUUAACAUAACAGAGACCUGGGAUGAUUAGAAACCCUGGUGAAGUCACCUGCGGUGUGUUUUCCACCCUUACCAGGGCUAAACUUGGGACUGGGGCCUUGCACAGAGUUUUACCAAAGCAAGGCAUCUCCUGGGUGUGCAAGGAGCAUGAAUUCCCCAGCUCAGCUCGCUGGGAAGGCAUGGCCCUGCACAGGGCGCUUUGCACCAAGGAUAUGUGCUCAGGCUGUGCAAAGAGCUCAAAGAGGUUGUGAAUGCCUCAUCCCUGGAUGCAUUCAAGACAGGGCUGAAUGUGGCUCUGGGCAGCCUGGUCUAGUGGCUGGCGACCAUGCUCAGGACAGGGGGGUUGAAACUAGAUGAUCUUUGAGGUCCUUUUCAACCCAGGCCAUUCUGUGAUUCUGUGGAAGAGCUCCCAGGGCUCCCAUACAAAUUUUGCAAUUGAAAAUGCUGCAGAAAGUUCUUGCCUUUCUGUUGCCCUUCACAAACUGCCAGAUGGAGGGGGAGGACUUUUUAUGGCACUGAUCAAGAUUUCAUAGGGAAAUCAGAUGCUUUGUGUUCUUCUUUCUUUUUUGUAAAUGAUUUCCCUCCUUUCAUGAUCAGUACACGCAGAGCUGCAGGAGCAUCCAGGAGACACCAAUUACAUAUAGAUCUCCAACAAGGAACUUUUUCCCCAACUGAAGUGGGAGGACAAGCUCCUGUCCUGGCAGCUUUGGCCAUCUGUAUUCAUUUUUGGUCCAACAGACCUUCCUGCAAAGCCAGCCCUGUGCCUGAGGUGCAGCAGUGUGACUAAUCCUUAAGUAAUCACUUGUGUGGGGAAUGUCACCUCUGGCUGUGCUGUUUGUUGGGCCAUAGCUCUACCUUUUGAAGUGAGAAAGGUGAAAUAAUCCAAUCAACAUUUCCUGAAGGGAGAAAUGAUCCCAUCCUUAUUCUUCUUUUCCCUGGUGAAGCACAAGGAACACACAGAUGUGUGUGAAGAGGUGGGAAUGUGAGUCUCGUUCCAUUUCCCUUCCCAUUUCCCCACCCAGCUGUUUUCCCUGGAUUUGAGGAUCCCUCUAGUGCUGGUUCCUCAUGAGCCUUGAUGGAUUCGGAGCACGUAGUUUAUGCCUUAGAUGUCUCUCAUAUUAUCUUCUGGUAUGUUGUGAAGGUCACAACACAAGGGUUAUUCUUUAAGGCUCCUGGCAAGACUGACAGCCAGGAAGAAGGGGUCAUUUCUGGGGCUAAUCCCCCCCAGCAACCCAGACGAAGAGUAGAGCAUCAGCGUCCUUAAUGCUUGGCUCUUGGACAUAAUGCUUCAGCUUUCGUGUCCUACUUAGCUCUAGUGGAAAGGACAUUUUCAGUCCAAUUUCCUCCCAUUUUUUCACUUCAUGCCUUUUUCUUCAUAUAGCUCAACCCAGGAACUUGGCAGCUGGAAGAGGAGGGUGCCGGUAGGCCCUGGGGCUGGUUUCUUGCUCUGGGCUGCGUCCCAAAAUGUGGUUUGAGCUGUUGGCAUGACUUACCCUUGGAAUUCUACCUCAGAGGAAGUUCAGCCCGUUGCAGGACUGGUUGCUAUGACAUUUUGCAGAUCACCAUACCAGAAGCUAUUGAUGCAAGAGUAACCUACAUCCUGCCUUGUGUCUGGGUAAAGCCUUUUUGACAAGAGCUCUACAAGUUUGGCAUGAAUAUGUAUUAUUUGGGCUUUGCAGACCAGUAUAAAUCUCUAUUCAUCCUGCAGUGAUAGGGAUAACUCCUGUGGGUCGUUAUGCCUUAUAAGGGAUAAGUUGAAAAUAAAGCUAUUUUUUGUUCAGCUAUUUCUUCCUUCAACAGUAAUACCCAUCGGUUGCAGUGUGGUAUAAUGAUGAAGAAUUUCUAGAUGAUGAUUUGAUUCGAAAGUUAGAGAAAAGUCUUUCAAAGAAGCUAACUCCCACAACAUGAAUAGAAAACUGGGCUGACUUUUUCCUCCCAUAUAAAAAAGGUCAAAAGGGGCAUUUUCAGACAAGCCAAGGUAUAUUUCUGCCUUGCUCACUGACAGCUGGAGGUGGUCCAUGGGCUGCUGGAUCAACCCAUCUCAAAGGAUUUUUAAGUAGGACAUUUUUGGUAACUUUCUGUCAACGUCUUCAAUGCUGCUGCCAUGAUGGAAAAUAAAGCUGGUUCGUAUGAAGACCAGGAUCUGGAUGUCUCGUUCCAGGAGCAUUUUUUAAGGCUAUUUACUUUUUUUUUGUGUGUGUGUGUUCUAAUUCAAACUGCUGUUUCAUCUUGUCUAGAAUCUGGUGCUUUAGAGGAAGGAAAGGAAGAAUGAAAUGAAACCUCCCUGUAGAUCCACAACAUUCAAAUAAACUGUAGUUUUUUUUUUGUCUUAAACAAGUUUAGCAAUCAUUAAAAAAACAGCUCUCAGAAGAACAGUGCUGGCUUAUGGUGGUUUCCAUGAUGUUACCAGUAUGGCCCUAGGCAUGAAGUCUUCAUUUUCAAUGCCUUCUAUUAAACACCAGCUCAAACGUCAUCAUGGGGUCACCGACAUUAUGUGAAUUAGUUACUUUUCCUAGCUGAUGUUACUACCUAUUUUUGGCUUUGCCCUUUGGCUUGCCUUCUAGUAGGAAUAUGAAUCAGUGCACAGGACUGACAAUCUUAGAGUCGCACAGGCAAGCUGGAGAUGUUCCGAAUAAAUAAUCAAAGCUACUAAUGAGACUGCAUAAUGCUGGGGGCUUGCAGGGAGCUUUCGUGCUAUGUGGUCGUGAGUGUCAGAGUUGUUUGAGAAGAAGAGGGAAACACAAUGUUUGCUACAGUGGAGAGGAAAUCUGACUAGAAUAUUUUAAGAUAAGAGAGUAGCAGCUAACGUGCUGCUUAGAUUCUCUUGCCACACGUUUGGGUAUGUUUGUUAUUUAUGAUAGCAUUGCUGGAGCUGCAGUGGUAUAAUGAGGGCAAAAUGAGUUUUGUUAGGAGAAGUAAUAGCUUUUAGUUGCUGUAACAAAAACUAUUGCCUAUACCUAAAAAGUUUUUCUUCAUUGCUGCCACGUACGUGUCUAUGACUGGGGAGUGGAUGUACGGGUUGCAAGCAGCUUUAUUUUGACUAGGGGAAUUGUUCACCAGAAGUUUAUCUCCUAUAGGAAACGCCACUUGCAAAACCACCUGUUAUUAGCUGAGACCCAUGGCAACAUCCCUGCUGCCAGGUCCACUCCUCAGCUCUUGUGGUCAUGAUUUGGCAUGGCCAUCACUGUCCUUCCUUGCAUGAUGGCAUCUGAGCAAGCCCAGAGCUGCUCAUGCUGGUAUUUGUUCUUCCUCAUUGUACGUGACUGAGCUACAGCAGUGUUACCAUAAAGGCUCAUCCCUAAUGGCUUGCUGGUGGUCUUUGCUGUUUCAAGAGUACUUAGAAACCCAGAAUGAAAGAGGAGGUUGGAAAAUUUGGUUUGAUGGGGAUAACUGGAACAGUUUGUCAUGUAAAAGCCAAUGGGAUCUAAUAGGGAACAAGCUCACUUCAUCAGUUCUCUGUAGGAACUUCUCAUCACAUUUUGAGUAUUUUUGAGACUCCUCUCUUCUGCCCAUUUUCCUAAAUGCUGUUUGGAGUUCUCUCAUUUGUAUAACCAUUGUGGUGCCCACUAAAUCCACCCUGCUGGCUGCGUGUGCUUGGUGGGGAUGUAGGAUUAUAGAAUCAUUAAGGUUGGGAAGAUCACAAAGAUCAUCUAGUCCAACCAUCAGCCAAUCCUCACCAUACCCACUGAACCACAUCCCUCAGUGCCACAUCUUCACAUUUCUUGAACACCUCCAGAGAUGGUGACAUCCAGGACAGCAUCCCUACUCCCUCACAGUCCUGGGCUGGGAGGACCUGGCUGGGUUUUGCCUUGCAGCCUCAGGACACGUUGCCUUGAGGAACACCUUUGUGUACGGCCCAGAAAAGCGGAGCAGAGCUACCAACCCCUUUAAAAUCUUCUGGCAUUGUAGGCAGAGCUCAAUUCAUUAAGCCUCAGCCUUUAAAAUCAUUAGUCAGCAGUGAUCAUUUUUUUCCAAUUACAGGGUUUAAGGGAUUAUAGCGAGCUAUUACUCUGAGGUAUUAAUACCUGCAUUGCUUCUGGAAUGGUUCAGGUGAGAAAGCACAGCAGCUGCACCCGGGACCAUAGAGCAUGACCCUUUCUUAUAGUCUCCAGAGAAGAAAUGAAAGACAAAUGUGCCCUUGUGUUAAAAAUUCAGCUCAUUCCACAAGCUUUUCACUUUGUCUCUCGAGGGGUCAAUUAAAGCUUCGCAGUCUUUCCUGCCACACUGGCAAAAAAAGAUCUUCAUCUCCUCUUCCUUUGAUUAACUAUGUUGUUAUAAACAGACGAUGCAGCACAAGCAAGGGAAACUAAUAUGCUUCCCCCUGAGCCGAGGCCCCUGUAAAUGGAUCAAUUAAUUUGAGCCAGUGCACCCGUGUGCAUGAAAAGGUGCAGUGCUGGCACACAGCUACAAUCCUGCUGGACCUCGGUGCUGUGGCCUUAGAUAUAGAAAUCCACUUUUGCACGCAGGGAUGUCAUAUGUGUGCUUUUCCUGCCAAGGCUGUUUGACUGCUGCAGAUGCCUCCCCCAGUUUAAGAGAUUUUUUUGGCCUCUCAGUUGCACACACACACACACACACACACAUACAAAAGAUGUUUGUAGCAGGCAUUUAAAUUUUUAUGAAGUGCUUGCUUUAUUGUCUUAAUAAAUCCUUGUUUGGUUUGCAGAAUGCAUCCCCAUCGAAGUUAAGAGUUUAUAUGAAAAUUAAAACAGCACUAUAUCUUCUUAAUUAGACAAAUGUAUAGAUAAAAGGAAACAAAUGUCAGCUGGCAGAGGAAUUUAGGUUUGCUGGGAGAGCUCUUCUCAUUUCUCUCUCAAGAUGUUUGCAGAGGUUAAUGCUGGUGCUGCAGGCGCUCCAGGGGACAGCAGAAUUGUCCCUUUUCAGCCUGCAAAACGUGGGCAGCCCACUCUUCUGUACUGCGUGGCUCAUCCUUGUUGAAUUAUUUACUUCCAAAAAUAAGUCAUAUAAUUAUUAUCCCAUAAAAAUUAAUCAGAUUUUAUUUUUCACAGGUGAACAGCCAAGGCUAAGCCCAUAAAGCCUUUGCUCUGGCGUUAUCUUUGAAGGUACACUAACUUACAGGCUUAAUUGGUGAGAAAUAAUGGGAGAAUAUUGAUCAAUGAAUUUUUUAUUCAGAUUGUUUUUGGCUUUCAGGAGCAAGACAAUUCUUAGGUCAUUAAUAUUUCUUACAUCUCCUAAUGACUGCAGCUGUAAAUCAAGGGGACUCGUCCAAUGUUCUGUACAAGACAGUGAUUUUUUGGAAAGGACAAGAAGCAAAUUUUAGCUGAAUUAUGGAAAUCGUUUCAUUCUAACUCACAGCUGGCUGCAGGGUGGGCCUCAGGCUGCGUUUCUCCUCUUUGCUACACAUGGGCAAGAAUUCCUGCUUCUCACCCUGAAAUGCAGCAGGAGAAACUACUGGUUUUUGAAGGAGACUCUUGCAGCUGUUGAUACUUAAGUCUGGGCUUUUCUUAAUGGGUUUUGUUCCAUGAAAUACCUUCAGAUAACUGCUGGGAUAACUGGCUUAGGACAGCAGAGUCCCGGCUAUGGGACUCCUCAUCAUCCUGUGUGUGUUGAGGUGGAUGGAGACCUGAAGGAGGCAUCAGCCUGGAGAUCUCCUGCCAAAGUGUUUCAGGAGAAAUUAUAUUUUCUCCAUGGCUGUAUCAUUGCUGGCUGCAUCAUCUACCUCUCUUCUUGUUACAAGCAGUGCACAUCAGUAAGUACAGGCUUUGGCUUUGCAAGGAAAAUAUAGGCAUCAUCAAGCUGCCCUAAAGCACAAGUGAGAUCUUGCAAAGCAGUCUCUGCAGAAGUUGGAAAGCAGAGGAGGAAAAAUGUAAUACUGCACGUGAAUCUCUCUUUCAGAAGACUGGGUGUUUUCUGUGUACUGUGCAGCCUAAAACACUGUUGCAAAUGAGCUCUGCUUAAGUGGUUUUUCAUUCUGACAUCUUGUGCUUCUUAUUAAUCUUAGUACGUUGGGAAAUUAAUUCUGCUCUUAAGGGAACAUGACAGAUUGGAGAAGGCUUCCACACUCCUCAGACAGAAGCAAGCCCACCAAGGCAGGAGCCAGGUCAGAGCAGUCUUUCUGUCUAUGAGAAAUCACUGUUGAUCAGUUCAAAGCAGCGUUGAGUUGUGAUGGUUUGGGCUGUGGGUUGGGUAGGAACCAAAUGUGUUUGCUGCCUGUCUGGAUUAUCUGACCUUCAUCUCUCCUGGCAGAGACAGGAUAAGACCUGCAGGUGUCCUGGUGAGAGCAGCUUUGGCGGGGGGAGAGUGCCUCUCCCAGAACCGCAGCAGCAACCAUCAUUAGUUAUGUAGUGAGCGUAUCUUCCACAUGCAGAAAUCAAUUCUGAAUAUUUUAUGGCUUUAAUUGCACGGCCCUGCAUGGGCUGCAGUGAAGGGGUUAUUAGGCUGCCGGAUGCUCAUUUCCUUCUGGGAUGAGCUUUUAAUUUUUUAUUUUUUUCCCUUCAUACUUUUCCUGCUUCAGAUGGCAAAAUAUUGGAUAUAAGAAGGUGAAAGUUUGUGACAGCACUGAACUUGUAGUUGGGCUCAGUGCAAAAGAUGCCAGGGCAAAAUGCCUCCUACUCUUUUCCGAUAAGAUUCAAUAGAGGAGCAGGCUCAAUGAUGAGGCCAGCAGCAGUGUAUGGAUUUCACAUGGUAUGAAGGAGAGCGUUUAUCAUUCAUAUUUGCUGCCAGAUAGCUGCUUCUGCUGUCUGAUCCAAAAGCAUUUGGAGUCACCAGGUGUUGAUGUAACCGUCAGGAUACAUGGAUGGGUGUUCUAGAGCAGGAGAGCCAUGCUGAGGCCGUUGCUUGUCUCUGGGGGGGCUAUUGGAGCUCUCACUGACAGGGGCUGGGAUAUUUCCUUGUGAUUUCUGAGCUCACUUGCACGCUCUGUGCAGGCAGGUCCUUGAAAAGUCAGAUCUAAGGAAACAACCAAAAUACGAUGAGCACAAAUCAGAGCCUUGAUGAAGAAUUCAUCUCUUCUUAUCUAAGCCAUCUGUCUGCCUCUCCCCUGGUAUCUCUUACCAGUAUUGAUCUUUCCAAGUCAUUUAUUCUGACAGUCUGCACGAUGACACGAUAUAGCAGAUGCUGACUGCUCCAGCAAGUAAUGAGUUCAGAUAUUUUGCUUCGUACAUGGAUGCAAAGGGCCACUGCCCUCAGGUUGUAAGGCCUUGGUCUAUUGUCACAUCUGCCUUCAUAAAUAAAACAGGACUGAGCUGGCUUUAUCUUAGCAUCUUCCAGGGGAGUGGGGCUGGUGGUCGAAGGAAGCACAUCAUCCCUACUGAGGCUGAAUUCCAGGGCCUGGCCAGCUUGGGAGAGGCUAUCCAAGCACGUAUGUUUGUUCUGGAAUUUUCAGGUGUUAAAAUACAUCCAUACAUCUUUGGACUAUCGUGGGCUGGGGGGGUCGAACGUAUUCUUUGCAAAUGAGUCAACGCUUGAGUUGCUCUCAUCUCCAAAGUGGAUUGUGCUGUUGUGCUGUGUAAAAGAUCCCCAUCCUGCCCCAGCAGAGGCUGUGUUGCAGUGGUGACCCCCUUCAGGAAUAAACUCUGGCUUUGACUGGAUCCAAACAAAAUGGGUAUGGCUGGAAAAUGGCUCUCCUCAGUUCCAUCAUUCACUGAUGAUAGAAAGUAGUACAUCCAUUUCACUUACCUUCCUUGGAACUGGAUUAAUCAUCAGAUGAAGUCAAGGGCAGCCUCUUCACUGACUUAAGGGAGCCGUCUUAGUUCCUUAGCUAUUAUUUAGUACAGUGAACGUGUACUGCAUGACAGGGGAAAACAAUCCAUAUUACACAAAAUUUUACUCUCCUAAAUUAUCUACAUUCCUUUUAUGGCACUGUUUCUCAUUACUGUGGUAUCUUAGGGAGCUUAUUUUGUUAUGGUGCAGAGGAGAUCAUUAUCCUCCAAAACUCUUCCAAAUACACCUUUCAGCUAUGUUUUUUUGCUCCUUUGGUGCAGCUGUAGCCUUAGUGCCUGUCAGCCUGUGUCUAGCAGAUCUGUCUUUCUAAGAACUCUUUGUCUUCCUUUCUAAGGCAGGGCAAAGAAAUGACACUUUUGAUACAAUCCCUUCCAUAGCAGAAGUUUCUCUGAAGUGUGGGGUUCCUCUCCCUUUCCAUUAAACCGGGGUGUCCUCAUAGACUCCUACGAACAUUAGGACGUUCUGAGUAUAAAAGAGCCAUUUCUCAUCCACCUCUUAAAAUCUUCAGCCUUUACUUUAUUUCUAAGUGGUACUUUUUCAGGAGUUCUUGACACUCGUGUGUGAAUUUGCUGUGCAUUUGGAGAGCGACUUGAAAAGCUUUUAGUGAAUAAAUCUCUAACAGCCCUCAGCCUGAGGUUCUCACCAGAUACUGUGUCAGUGGGGGAGAGAUUACAAAGAGUUUUAGCAUAAAUCUGGAAAGUUUUCCAAGAAGGAACCUGAGCCAGUCGCUUCCUCCCUUCCUUCAUCUUACCUCCAUAGAGCUUUUUUUUGGCACCUAUGGGAAAGCCCAAGUUAUUAUUUAUUGAAAACAGGGAAUCAAGGCAAGAAGGUGGUCUGGCAGCCUCGCUUAUUCCCAGAAUCACGUCAUUUCUUUUAUGUUUGAAAUAAAAGAUGGUCUCUUCCUCUCACUCUUUCUCUCUGUUCAUUGUUCUCUUGUUGUAGAAACAGCCACACUUGAAAUCAUCUUCUCAUACCUUGACGAUUUUCCCACCCCAGCAAACGAGAUGAUCUCCAUCUAUGUUUAUCUUUAAUCUCAUCUUGUUUCCUCUGCUUCCUUAUGUGAUUUCAUAAAGUGUCCCUUAUGCUUCUCUUGGAGAAAUUUAGAAAAGCACAGAAAGAUCCUUGUGAUGAGAAAGUGUGCUCCCAGAGGUACACAGUAGGUAGGAAAGAAAUAAUGAUUGCAAGAUACGUGUAUGCUAUUGCUAUGGGGGUCAGAGUUAAGGUUAAUUAAAUGUCUUCAUUGUGCAUUGUAUUCCCCUUAAGGUGUUUGAGAGCCUUCUAAGAGAACCAUUAACUUUGAACGGCAAAGGUUUUUAAUGAAUACUUUUAUUGAUUGCUCUUGCAACAGGUUUGGUCUUAACUACAUGUACUCUUCAUGUAUUCUUCCUUGAAAUUAUGUUUGAAUCUUCCCAAUGCAGUAUUAGUAACUGGUAAAUUUUUAAUCGGAUAUGGCAUGUAAAUAUUCCUUUUUUUUUUUUUUAAAGACAAAACCAUCAAAGUGCAUAUUGUCCAUUUUUUCUUUUUCUACCUUUAUACAAACAUAAUAAGAAUAAAAUAGUUGGAGAAUUACAUACAGCUAACAAAUGUGGCUCCUACUGAACCAGACAAUUAAGCCAUCAGAAUGUGAAUGGUUUUAGCUGUAUGCAAAAAUACCUGGUUUGGAAUUUCAUACAUUAUGCACGUUUUAAUAUUAAAAAGAACAUUUUUGCAUCUAGAUAAAAUCUCAGAAUUGUUAGGUCUCUUGUUUAUAACCUGCACGUUAGUGUGAAAAAUGUAAAUGGAUAUUAAGUAGGAGCAUUUGUGAUUCAUUCCUUCUAUAUGUAUGAGCAUUUCUUUUCAACAUGUUUCUCAGCUUGCAUGAAAACUACCGUUUCGCUGCCAUGGAAAUGAGAAAUAGUGAGAGUUAAUGGAAUGAUGAAUCCCCAUUGCUUGAAGACUUUCAAUCAGAGCUGGCUGCCUCAGAGAGUUACUGUUUUCUGUGCAGGAGGAACCAGAGGAGGUAGUGACCUCUGUCUUUCUCUAAAGACCUAUGUCUUUGUUUAAAGCCCUUUUCUGACCUUGAAAUGAUGUCUGUGAUGCAAACGGCUUUGGCUGUUGUUUUUUUACAGUCAGCUUUCCAGAUCUCCUGAAGGUCUCAUGGAGGGGCGGGAUGUCUUUGGGAUUGCUGUUGGACAGGCACUGGUUUCUUUAGAGUUCAUUUGGCAUUGAGAUCACAGAUGCCUAAUUAACAGGAAUCUUAGCAGAGGUCUUAUGUGCCUGUUACCACUGCCUGUUACUUGCCUACCGAAAACUCUCAGGUCUCUUUUGUUAUUACAAAAGGAAACGUUCAGCCCUGCUCCUGUUCAGACGAUCUAUCGGCUCUGUGUUAGAAAAUACAACAACACAGAUCUGAGAGCAUUAGUUAGAGAUGUGAAGAAUCACACCCUGUGUUGUAAACGUAAAUUUUUGUGAAUUAUUUUUUAUUUAAGUACGCUUGGGAAAUUUACAUAUAGAUUAAACCCUAAAUAUACGAAAUGUCAGCCUGUUUACAUCCUAAUGCCUUCACAUCAGAUGGUGUAUGGAUUGGGUUCAACGCCGGAGCACUUCCCUCAUUACCUUUAACUAACAUGUUACAACAAUGAGGGUUAAAAGGAAACCUUACAGGCCAGAGACAUGCUGGGGAGGUGUUUGAAUUGCUUGGACUUUGCUAUGAACUUGUCAUAAUUUUAAUGCACGUUGCCUGAAAAGCUAAUGAGUCUCCAUCUGGAGACAUAUGACUGAUUACGGGCUUAAUUAUUUCUCUUACCUGAACAGCUCCAUUCUUUGUUCACACUUCUAUAAAAGCAGCAGCAGCAGUGUCAACUUGAAGGCUGUUAUUCCUCAGACAUGUAUUCCAUACAGGCAAACACCUUGUUUCUUUGUGGCUUUGUCUUCUUUCCCCUCUAGUUUUCAUUUCUUGGGCAUUUGAAAUGCUUCCUCCCCCAGGGUGGUAUUGUAGUGGUUAGCAGUUCAUCAGGGAGGAUGCACAGAUACUAUUGAUAUCCAUGUCUUCAUGGAUGGGGCAGCGUAAUCUAAUAGCUGUGGCACCCGAGGGUCACAACAGUGGGAUAAUAUAGAGUGAUCACUCCAACUGAAGUAUAAUAGCACCGAAGGAGGAAACAGAGCAUGCAAAGCAAAAGAAAGCCAAAGGUGCACUUGAGUUGUUUGGAUAUUGAUACAGCACAGCAAGAAAGGGCUUACCAAUGGGACCCAGCUGUCCAGGCAAAGGAUUUGAAACAUGCCUGUAGACUCACUGCAGUCCCCUUCUUUCUUCUUUCUGUCUUCAUCUGGAGGAAAUCAGGUUACAAACUGGCUAAAUAAAGACAAUGCACAUUCAGCACCUGGGUUUGGGUUCAGUGUGGCUAGGCUAUCUUUGCUGCUUUGCUGCAGGGGUUGGAAACCAGAAGCAGUAGAGGAGGUUCCCAAAGAUAGCAUAACUAAUCAGUGCAUUUCAGUUAGUGUGUUUAUUCCUCCAUUAGUGUAGGGGCUUGGUUUUUAUGGGCACUUUUAUUUUUCAUUGUACCAACUGUCAUACUUUUCCUCACUCUUUUGCUUUAUUCUCACGAGCUGAAGCCAACCUAUGUGGGGUGACCAGGUCCCCUCCAGCUCUGUGUCACGGAGGCAUCAGGACAUAAACACUGAUGAGGCAAUGGGUGCAGCCACAUGAUAAUGAGGACAUUAAGAUCUCAGUUUACUUUGUAGGAAUGUAACAGUGAUGUUUUGAUUUGCUGGAGACAGUGAUUCUGUGCAAGCAAUAACCUAUUUCAAAGAGAUGAAAAAAAGGUUUUCCUUGCUUGGCUAAAACAUCCAUUGGAGAAGACAAGUACCUAUGCCCUGCUUCUGCAGGCAGCCAGAAAAAUGUCCCAGGCAGCUGUGAAAUGAAAACCUUCUCCUAACAGAUGAUACAUUCCUCUUAUUAGUUACAGCCCAGUGGCCACUGUCAAACACUUAUUAAUUAUUCCUCUAUUUUUUCCUUUCUAGCACCUGCAAGAAGAUUUUGCCUUCAAUAAACAGCACUUUAUUGACCAGCAGAUUGUUAUUGAUUUCUGUAUUCAAUAAAAAUGUGGUAAAUGCAGACAUUAAAUUACUCUACAGCUCUCACUUUCAGAAAAUCCAAGGCAGUAUGGAACGCUGUGAUAUGUUUUGUUAACAUAUAUAUGGUAAAGGGAGAGAAUUUGUCUGAGUAAGAGACUACCAGAAAUGUAUCUGCUUCAGUUGCUAAUUGGUUCUGUCACAUGCAUGUGCUAACACAUGUGCACACAGAGUUGUGAAGUCCAUUUAUUCUCACGUGGAUGAAAAGUUAACUGUAAGGCCACGUUAUGACAUUCAUAGGCACAGCCUUGGGAACAGCCCCUCUUGCGAUCAGACUAGAAACAAAGCAUGAUGUGGGGAAGAGCUCUGAGGGUCAUUUUGUUCAGGUUUGCAUGGGUUGGUAGGGCUUGCACAAAUAGUUGUGAUAUGUGGGAACUGGUGGAAUUUCCAGGUUUCUAAUACUGAAGCUCUUGGGAGACUCCACCUUUGCGUAGACAGCUUUGGGGUUCUUGCAGAUGAAUAUCUCAGAAUUAAGCAUCCUUCCCAUCUAGAAGUGUAUACCACGUUUACCCCCACAAAGCUUGCCUUGACCUACACCAAGUACAAAGUUACCUUAGCUCUAGAACAGGUGUGUGUGAUUGUAAACUCAUUAGUGAGAUCUGGUGUGAGGAGGAAGGCAGGUGGGAGUAACAGUAAAAGUAUAUAUGAUGUCAGUCCCUUCUAUGUAUUGGGUAAGGUGAGGUUUCUUUUUUUCUUGUUCUGAUAGCUCUGGGUUUAGAAAAGAAAAAAAUGCCCUUGCUUUACUAACUGUAUGAUUUCUUCCCUUUCAGUUCUGUAACUUACAGAUACUGGAUUCCUGAUUCUCCUUCCAUGCUUGUGGAAGUCAGGACAAAUUGAUUUUGAGCUCCAUGGGAUUACCUGGUGGUGGGGCUGUGGAAAUGAGAUGUUUGCCUUUCUGCCUGCUCCAGCCUUCUCUCUGCAUAUAAUGGAUGUACUCAGAGUGAUUCUGAGGGAAUUCUGCAGUAAAUGAGUGAAGAAAUUGCUGGUGCAGGACUGCUGAAUUCCAGAGUCCAUGAGGGGGUGUCCCUGGAAAAGAAGUUGCUGGUAGUUAAGUUGCACCUGAGAAGAAAUCUGAAUAUGUGAUGAAAAGCAGCUUUGGAGGUAUGAUCUGCUGAAAAUUAUGUGCUUAUAAGGAAGAUAUUAAUAGUACUGGGAAUUUAUUUGUUUUGUGCGCUUCUAAGAACUGAACAACUGAAAAAAAAUCCUUACUCCAUCACUACAAGAAUCCCUUGGACAUUAAAAAUGACUUUGACUUAUCCUGCUGUGUUUGCAUGGCAGAAUGUAAUUUACAGCUUCCAGUCUUUUGGGUGAGGGAGCUUAAGGUCAUUGGAGCACGCAGAAGGGGAAGCUCAGGAGGGAAAGAAGCAGCUACCUGAUAUCCCACAAUGGAGCUGCCCUGUGACAAGGCACUUAGCUCUUUUGUUUGAUCUCAGGACUAGAUGGACACUAUGCUCUGGUCCUAUUCCAUUGAUUUGGGCUGUGUACCAAAUGUGGAUUUUGUGUCCAGCUUUGAUCAACCCUUGAAAGUGAGAUCAAAGCUUUUAAGCGUAGUGUAGGGUAAAAUAAUGUAUUCCUUGUUCUGCAGUGUCAAUAUCAGAUCUUGAUUUGCAAAAGCUUACCCUCCUUGCUGACUGGAUGCAUUAACACUAUACAUAAACACAUAACACUUAAAUAAUAUGCACUUUCAAGAGCUUGCUAUGCCAUCCAUAGCGUUAGGUGGAUGUGAGAUAUAUUAACAGAAUGAAGCCAUGGAAGAUAGCAUGGAAAGUCAGCAAUGAUCCUUGCUCAGCAAAAACUGAGUCAGAAAUAUAUUCUUAUCCUUGGAGAAUUUCUGAGAUCAGAAAAACUUUUGUCUGUUCUAAGAUGGAAUGAAAAAACAAAAACUUGAUGUGUUUUUUUCCCCAUCAAACCAACGAUCUGAAAAUAAAUACAUAAAAAAAGACUGUUUCAAACGCUUCAUUUUAAGCUUUUCACAUUUCCCUGCCUUUAAUUUCCUUAAACUACAAUUUUCAGUGCCAUAAAACUUCAUCCCUUCUCCCUUUCCCCUAAUUCUUCAGAUUACAUUUUGUUGGGGGCUUCCUUCCUGGAGAUGUUAAUUAGCAGCCUCAAAAUUAAUCAGCAGACAGACAGCAGCAAUGGUGAAAUGAGUUUAAUCUUAGAUGAUUUCUUGGCUUCUCACUGCCAAAAAGCAUGGAGUCUAAAUGAGAGAGACAGCUACCUGUGAGGGAGAACAGAUUGUGGUCUGCUUCUGUUCGUUGGGUUCCUCCUUCCUCCUCUGGAUCUGGGUGGGCAACAUCAUCAUUUGUAUGAUGCUUAAAAAAGGUACCAAUUCUCAAAGCAUGUAAAUAUAUAUAUAUAUGUAUAUAUUUAUAUACAUGCAUAUAAAUAUGAAUAUAAACGUGAAUAUAAAUACAAAUAUAAGUUUUGUGCUUAUGCUUAUGUAUAUAUUUACAUCUAUACACAAGUGGAAGUUCAGUGUGUGUUUUGUAAGGAUGGAGGUAUUUGUUCACAAGGAAGGAAUCAGUACAUCUGUGUAGGGGAAAUGGAUGAUCCUGUGCGAGAUAAGAAAGUUUCCAUUGGAUGUCAAUGUAAGUCUUUUCUAAAGAUCAGCCCAGUCAGACUGGUUUGGCUGAAGUCAGCACAAUGAAACACUGCCUUCAGACUUUCAGGAAUAUGUAUAUAUUUUUCUCUAUGCUACUGGUUUUAAAGCAAGCUUACUGUGUAGAGGUGAUUACGUACACAUGGUGUUUCUGAAUAAAGAUGGGUACUUUUCAUUGCAUUUUCCAUUUAUUUUUUUUCCCUUUUAAGUAUACUUUUUUGGUUAUUCUAUUUCCCACAUCACCAGUUCCUAGAAAAUAAAAAUCUACUCUGCCCUCAUGCAGGAGCAAAGCAAGAUUUUUUGACCUGAUGUUUUUUAUUCUUUCUUAUUUUCAUAUAUUCAUUAAUACACCCCAGUAUAUAUUUGGCAUAUGGAAAAAAGGGAUAUGUAGGCAUUUGUGUGCCUGCAUGGCAAUUCCCUCACUGGGAGAUGGUCUAGUUUUAAGUCACUGUCAUCUGCUCAUGUGGAUGUCUAUUCAAAUAACAAAGAGUCUACUUGGAGUAACUCCACUAGCAGAUAGCAAGUGUUGACUCAGAUCUUCUUUCAAAUAGCAGUGAAGAGGAGCACGAGAUAUGCCUGACAUGGCAGACAACCCAGGUUUCCAGCCCCAGACUUAUUUUUGAGACUGAAACAAUUUCCCAGAGUAAUUUCAGGUAAAGAGGUAACAUCUCGAGCAUUUUAGUGAUCUAACAAAAUCAAUUAUGGCUUCAAGACAAUUGGAAAAAUUUGUCAACUUUUUUUCUCAAUUCUUCCCCCCAUCCCCCUCCCCCCUCUAAUUACAUUUAUAAAAGAACCAUCGUGUAACACAUCCCAAGCGGGAAAAAAAAAAGGAAAAAAAAGGGUUUGCAACAAAAUUGGGCUGUGAAAUGAUCUCAGAUAUCACUGAAUAGGAGAUGGGAAGGAAGCAGCCCUUUCUUGGCAUCCUUUGCAAUUUUGACAAAUUCAGCAGCAUGCAGUGCUGCACGUACAUGGAUGGGUAUGUUUAUGACAGUGAUGGGGUGGUACGUGAAAUCAGCGGUGUGCACAAAUCCUUCUGUUCCUUAUUUAUGCUUUCAAAAUGCACACGAAGGUGCUGCAGACUUUUAAGGCCCCGCGCUGCCCAGCCCUGUGUUUUGGCCACAGAGCUCCCGCAUCGUUUUCUCCCAUAAAAUAUAUUUAGAUGUUUGCCUUGUGGCAAAGACAGGAGCAAGCUGAAACAGCAGAGAAAUAAAUUCUGCAGCUAAUAAAAAGCCUAAUACCUUGUUCCUGCCUUCAGUCCCAGUAGUUUCAUUGUUUGUUUUGCUUGACUUCAGGCUGUGAGUAGGAAACCCAAAAGGAGAUUUUUUUGAUGAAGUGUCCAAAAUUAAUACCACUGCCCUGAUACAGCAGCAGCGACAUAAAAAAGAAGUAAUGCUUAGCUACAGAGUUUUGUUUUCAGACAGAUAAUCAAAAGGGAACUCGAAGAGAUAUUCAAUUACAGGGAGACCCUAUGGGUUGAGUGGCAGUGAGGUACAACGUGCCUCUGCUGAGGCUGAUUGCAUGCAGAAUUGGAAAGCUGUGGCAGGGAAGAGCUAUGGAUCCUGGAGGUACCUUGCUGGCAAUAUAAACCUCUUCAAAUCUGAUAGCAGAGCUUGGUGGGGCAUGGGGAGGAGAGGUAUGGGGGACCCCUCGGAGCUGGCUGUCUGCCCUGCUGUGCUACUCACUCACUCACUCUGCUCACUCCACUGGGUCCCAGUGCUGCCCUGGGGACUAUGUCAUCAUUUCAUGUCUUGGAAACUUUUAGAGCUGCACUAAGUGACAAAGAUGUCUCCAGCUGCGGCAUACAGGGCUAUCAGAUGAAAGCGCCCAGAUAUAUAAUUAGACCCAGCAGUGGUGAGGUGCUGAGCAACAGCUGAUGCAGAUGUCUCACCUGGAAAUCGCUUAUCAUUGAUGCAUGCCGUGUUAUCACAUCUUUACAGAGAGGCUAUGUUUAUCUGAGGGGAAAAAUGGGACUGCAGCAGUAGAAAUCUUUGUUUUUUUUUGUUUACUGAUGUUCAUUUGCCAGAAGUAAGGAUGCUGCUGCUUCCACUUGUGUCUCCCACUUGGUUUAGGAACAAGAAGCAGGGUGAUACAGUCACAGUAUUUUAGGAAUGGCCCAAUGAGAGGGGCCUCCCUCAGCCCCUGAUAGACUUCCGAGUGCUUCCUGGAAGCAGCAGGAAAACACAAUUGUACUUUUGUGCUCCCCUGCAGUCAUAACACUGGUGAUUUAACUUGUUUUAUGGCAAACUUAUCACAAAUGUGGAUUUCUCUGCUCUCUUUGAUGCUGAGUUCCAAGAGAGAUACUAGUGUGUCCCAGGGAGGCUGUCAAGUCUCCAUCCCUAGAGAGAUUCAGAAUGGUGCUUGGCACAGCCCUGAACAACAAGCUCAUAAACAUUUUUAGGAUAGGCUCCGCAUAUAACCUUUUGUUUUUCAUUCUAUAGAAGUUACAAUCCUCCUUUGUUGCCCAUAAACCAUUACCUCAACCUAUUACUCUUUGCUGACUGUGCUCCAGAUAACACAAGCUCAGACCUUGCUGCACUGACCAAGACAGUACCCACCACAAGAACACCACCUCUCUCUCCUCCAGGAGUUUUUCUGGUUCUAAGCAGAGGAUUAACAUCCACCCAUAAUCUAAGGACUCAUUAUCUUGUUUUUUUACAUUAAAGUAAUCUCCUUAGAAAGAACUUAUUGAUUACUUAUACUCAAAUGUGCAAAUAAUGUGCUAAUAGAACAUUAAAAUGGCUCUAAUAGGGUGGCAAUAAUUUUCUUUUUUUCAAAGUGGAUGAUUAGAAACUUCAGUAGUUAGGAGCUAUUAAUAUACUCACCAUAAAGUAUGAAAGUCUAUGCUUAUGGAACUCUAAAUGACAGUACUGCCUAUAAAUUUUAUUGGAGGUGGAAAGAGCAGUAAUUACAUGGCUGGCACUAGACAUAGCAUUUUCCACAGAGGUACUAAUGGCAGAUUUUUACCUCCUGUUGUUAAGCACUAUUUUUGGGCAUAGCCAGUAGCCUGAGCACACUGUAAAUAAUAUUGUUUUCUGUGAUGGAUUUCUGCACAAACAGGAAGAAAGAGAAGUUUGAUUAAAAGAAAAACUGGCAAACAGUCAAGCAUAGAUGGCUUAGAGAGUGGUGAUGCAACAGAUAGCAUGGAGCACCUGGGUCUGUGUUGUCUGGAUGUUCUGUGUGACUGAAAAAGUCACGAGCUGCAAGGAGAGAAGUGAGUCUGCGGUUAUUGCCCAGACACUGAAAUGGAUGUGUUGCACCGAGUUCACCGACACCCCCCUUGGCAAGAGCAGCAGAGAGACCAGGGAGUAGGUAGUCUUGCAUAGAGACUUCUCCCAGAUAGCUGCCUGAAUCACUAGAUAAACAGAAAAAUCUUUAUGGUGGUGGCUUUCUGCUUGUCCAAAUUGGCAGUGAAAUGAGAUGCAGGUAGAGCCAGGGUCACUUCCUGCCUCCCAUGCAUCAAUUAUUGUGGGUACCAAUGACACGUACCUUUCUCCUCUUUAGUCCUCCUUGCAGCAUCCCAUCCAAACCAAGCCAGCCUCAGAUUCAGAAGAACAUUUCAAAUAAGUAUUUCUGUCCAUCUCCACUUGAAUUACUGCGGUGUGCCUCUUUCUGACAAAAUGUGUAUUUUAACUUUCAGUUCUUGGAAGAAGUUCAUCACAGCAGGGAAAACUUUUGUGCCUCUUAGUAGGACCUAAUUUUCAGACUGAGAACUUUUAAGUAUUUGCAAUGCAGAUCAUAAUGUGAAGCAGUUAGCUGGCAACACCUUCUGAUUUCUCAAAAAUAAACGGAAAAUAUUCAACACAAUGUUUCUGCUAGAGCUAAAAAUAUCAGUGAUCAUACACCUCUUCUACCAUCUGAGUUGUUUAUCUGGUAGUCUUUGAUCGUGUACAUGGAGGAAAACAAACAGAAAACAAUCAUUAUCAGGAAUACAAAUAGCUGACUAAUGCGAUAUACAAAACAAUUUGUUUCCAUGAAUCAAUCAGAAACUCUUAAAGUACAAAUUACUCCACUGGAAAAAAAAAAAAGGAUUUAGAAUAGAUUUAAAUUGUGAAGAUUAUGACAGGUUGGAUAGUAUCAUCUCUGCAUAUGAUGUUUUCUAGUCUAUAUGACUUUUUAAAUGCUGAGUCCCCAUUCAGCACAAAAUUCAGGAGAGCAGUUCUUGAACAGAGAAGUGCCUUUAGAGGGAUAACAGAACAUUACCUCAUAAUGCCCAGAACUUCUUGAAAACUUCCUCUCCAGAAUUAUUCCUGUGGUAUCAUCAUAAUAUCAAACCCCAGCGGUGAAGUAUUUGGAAGGAUUAAAGUCUUCUGAUAAGUAGAAUGACGCAAAGGAAACCUCAAUAAUUUCCACUUGGAAAGUCUUCUGCAGAAAGUAUAGAUGUGGGUACGGUUCAUUAACCCGGUAUGUAUCUUUUCCUCUGUCUUCUGCCUCACUACUUCAGCGGUUAAGUUAGAUGGUAUAGCGCUCAGCAGCAAACGUUUUGCUCAGAAUUAUUCAAGCAUAUAACAAAGAAAAUGUACAAAAACUCAGUUCAGUGAGGGAGAUUUGAUUUAAGGUCUUGGUUUCCUUAUUCUGUGAGAAAACUCCCUCUAGAGUGAUAAGAACUGGCAGAUUAGAAAACACACGAGCAGACAGAGAAAUUACAAGGAUCAGACACUAAGGCUAUUAGAACUUGAUCAGAAUUUAGAAACGUUAAAACCUGUUUAGAAUCAUUGAAUCAUGGGAUACUUUGGGUUGGAAGGGACCCUUAAGAUCAUCUAUUUGCACCUCCCUGCUAUGGGCAGGGACACCUCCCUUAAGACCAGGCUGCUCAGAGCCUCAUGCAGCCUGGCUCCAAAUGCCUCCAGGGAGGGGGCAUCCACAUGUGAAGGAGACCAUGCUGAUGCCCAGGGGACCACGGGAUUGUGAUUUACAGAUUAUAUCUGCCUGAAAACAUGGCUUGUGUAUUACCGUAGCCCUCACCAGCCAAAAAACUCUCUGUAAAGUUUCACUCUGUCAUAAAUCGAUGUGAUCUAUGGUGGCACUACCUCGCUUCUUUUCUUCUGAUAAGCCCCUUCCCUUCUCACGGGCUGCUUCUGACAUGACAAAUACCACUCACACUGAUUUCAAAGGGAAAGAAUCUUUUCUCCUGCCUUGGACUGCUUUGUCUCACCUGUUAGUUUUCUGUAGUAACCUGCAAUUGUAUGUAUCUCUGUGAGGCAUGUUGUGAGGUAGUUUUCAUAAAAAUGCUCUAAGCUAGAUGAAGUUAUAUCCUGCUGCGUUCAUGCCUGGUGCCUUUAAGAGUGAGUUUGGUAGGUAAAUGAGGAGAUGACCUCAAUGACAUGAAGUGACACACUAUUCAUGACCUCAGAGUCCUUAUGUCAUUAAAUACUACAGCAUGAAGCACGCUGCAGCCAUCCACACUGGUCUUAAUGAAAGUAAAAAGAAAGCACCUGCUCUUCUCAACAAAUUGACACCUUGGAAUACAUUGCACAGCGUCACGUUCAAAAGAUCUGAUGCUUCAUUGGUCUCUGCAAAUGUGCUGACUCCAGUCCAGCCAGAACUGAAUAAUGUGGAAAUGUCCUCUUACCACUGCACUGGGGACACUGCAAGCCAUAAUUAGUUAACGAUCGUAAUGCUCCCAGUCUCUUUGGAUGAAUAAUUCCCUCACAGAAAACAGAAAAUUUGUGUUAACCAAAAUUAUUCUUAUUUGGCUGAUUGUUUUUGUAACAAACAAAAUUGUGUUAUCACGCACGGAAGGCAUCAGAUUUCCAGUUUUGGGGGAAUAACUUUGUCUGGGCUUAACUUAUAACAACAAAGAGAAUAAAGCAAAUAAAAUGAAAUUAUUUUUGCUUGUUUUUUUUUUUUUUUUUUUUUUGAUGAACAAAAUAUUGCCUGUCACCUGACACAGCUUGCCAAGAAAACACAUUUUGGAUCGGAGUAUUCUGGUUUGAUAUUUCAGUUGGCUGUCGUGCUGAAAAUAAACUACUGCUCACAAAGCUGUUCUGUGAGUCAGAGGAGGUUUCCAAAAGACAAGGGCUCUCUCCCUCUUGUCAGCUGCUGUUGCAGCGCAGCACCUCGACUCCCUAAGCCAUGAAUAUUGACCGAGGCACUGCCUCAUAGUGAACAUCUGCAGCCUCGUGGGUCCUGAACAAAUGCAAAAAUCAGCAAUGGGAUCCACAUCAGUUUAGUUUUCUACACUCAAGUAUGUGUACAGAUUUUCUUUACAGUCAAUGGAGAGAAGGAGAAACAGUAAAGAUUUAUCUCAUCUCAAGACAUAUACUUAGAAAAGAUUGGAUCCUACAGAGGGAUUCAUCUCCAAAGCUACAGACUACGUAAGGCCCUGGGACACUUCUAGAAGGGUACAAGGGUCUGAGAUGAAGCUUGUCCCUAUGUAUUAUUUCUUAUGCCAGGCAAAUUCUAGUCAAGAUAUUUCUCACCAUUUCUACACCAAAACUGAACACUACUGGCAACCUGAUGUUUUCACUGAGAAAGUCUUAUUUUCUUUUUGCUUGUGCAGGUAUAAAAAAGUGUUUCUUCAUGAAAGACCACAAAUAUCACCUGCUGUAAAGCUGGAGGAAGACAGGGGAAGUCUGUUUUCAUUAUGCACGUGGUAUGAAGAACAUCUGAGUGCAGGCCUAGAAUUUGUUACACAAAAGGCAAUCCAGAUAACUUUGCAUUUGAAUUAAUUUUGUAUACGGAAAGAUUGGGACUUAGAGUAGCAAGUUUUGUUCAUCUCUUACCACGCGCUGCCAAAAUACCAUGCAACUACGUGACUGUAGGGCACCAUAUGAACCAGGUCUUUCUUUUUCCCCCCAAGGAGAAACGGAGAUGUUUGCAGAUAAAACAAGGUAACAUUGUAGCACUCCUUAGUAGUUACAGUUCAUUAACAUGAGAAUAACCGCUCUUACGCAAGCAACAGGUGCGAGCAACAGGUGCGAGCAAUGUGCCUGAGUGACUGGAGGGGUGGAGCCAGGAUCCGACCCUUCUCAGACCUCAUUUAAGGGCUGGCAAGGGAGGCAAAAGGUUUCUUACUGAAGAUCCUUGUGUACCUGAGGCCUUUUGAAGAAAAGAGACUCAACAACAGUUUCUGUACCAUCGUCACCACAGUUCUGUACCCACAACAUCAAACAAAAGUUGGCCUUUGUUUCUGUGUUGCUGAUGUCUAUGGAGAGGCUCUCAUGGACUUCAAAGGAAUUAGGAUUUGUGCCUUCUGAAAGUGCCUCUUCAAUAAUCACCUUUUCCUACAGCCUGAAGACACAGUGAAUACUUCCUGGUUUCUUUCCUUCCAUGUGUUCUAAAUCAGUGUUUGAAUGAGCCUGAAUGAUGAUGAAAUGCCUCUCAGGGGAGUUGGCAGCCUUCAGGAGAUUGAAGGUGUACAGAUGCCUGUUUUGCCAGGACAAAGGGAACAUUGCAUGCCCGUGUUAUUUCCAACACAUUCAGAGUUCCUGUUUGCUUCCAGUUAUCCUCCAGCACUGCAGAGAUAGGUUGAUACUUUGGAUGUGCCUGAACCUUCCUUUUCGACAAGAAGUUAUCUUGAAAAUCACAUCUUCCAAAGGUGAUUCUAAUUCUGACAAAGCUGUAUGACUACAACCUGGGAAGCAUCACAGAAAGCUCUCUUUGGAGGUCAACAGAUUAUGGGACAACAUAUGAGAAACUGAAUGAUAAAAUUGGCCUGAAGACGAUUUUGAGCUACUUAUAUGUUUGUCCAACAAACAAACGUAAGAUUAUGCUGUUGACUGAUCCAGAGGUUGAGAGCAGCUUACUGAUUAGUACUGAUGAAGGUGCCACAUAUCAAAAAUACCGCCUGAACUUCUACAUUCACAGUCUGCUCUUCCACCCAAAGCAGGAAGACUGGAUCUUAGCGUAUAGUCAAGAUCAAAAGUUAUUCAGCUCAGUGGAGUUUGGCAGAAGAUGGCUGCUUCUUCAUGAAGGAGUUGCACCAAACAGGUUCUACUGGUCUAUGAUGGUGUCUGGUAGAGAGCCAGAUCUUGUGCACCUGGAGGCAAAGACAGUGGAUGGUCAUGCCCAGUACAUCACCUGUAAGAUGCAGAACUGCAGCGAAGCCUCACAAAACAAACCUUUUCCAGGCUACAUUGACCAUAACUCCUUGAUCGUCCAGGACGACUACGUCUUUGUUCAGCUGACAUCGGGUGGAAGACCACAUUAUUAUGUUUCUUAUAGGAGGAAUGCAUUUACGCCGAUAAAGCUGCCAAAGUACUCCUUGCCCAAGGACAUGCAUGUUAUCAGCACAGAUGAGAGUCAGGUGUUUGCAGCUGUUCAAGAGUGGAACCAGAACGACACAUACAAUCUGUAUAUCUCUGACACCCGAGGGGUGUACUUCACCCUGGCAUUGGAAAAUGUCAAGAGUAGUCAAGGGCUGGAUGGGAACGUGAUGAUUGACCUCUAUGAGGUAGCAGGGAUAAAGGGAAUGUUCUUGGCUAACAAGAAGAUUGACAACCAAGUGAAAACUUUCAUCACCUACAAUAAAGGGAGAGACUGGAAUUUGUUGCAGGCUCCGGACACUGAUCUGAAAGGAAACCCUGUUCACUGUCUCCUGCCCUAUUGCUCCCUUCAUCUCCACCUGAAGGUCUCAGAGAAUCCCUAUACCUCAGGAAACAUUGCCAGCAGAGACACUGCCCCCAGCAUUAUUGUAGCUUCAGGUAAUAUAGGCCCUGAACUAUCAGACAAUGACAUCAGUAUGUUUGUUUCUUCUGAUGCUGGAAACACAUGGAGACAGAUAUUUGAGGAAGAGCACAGCGUUCUGUACCUGGAUCAAGGAGGAGUACUGGUUGCCAUAAAACACACGUCUCUGCCUAUCAGACAUCUCUGGUUAAGUUUUGAUGAAGGGAAAUCUUGGAGCAAGUACAGUUUCACAUCACUCCCACUGUUCGUAGAUGGAAUUUUAGGGGAACCUGGAGAAGAAACUCUCAUCAUGACAGUGUUUGGACAUUUCAGCCACCGCUCAGAGUGGCAGCUGGUGAAAAUUGACUACAAGUCCAUUUUUGAUCGGAGAUGUGCAGAAGAGGACUACUGGACUUGGCAACUCCACAGCCAGGGAGAAGCUUGCAUCAUGGGAGCAAAAAGGAUCUACAGGAAGCGCAAGUCAGAGAAGAAAUGCAUGCAAGGAAAAUAUGCUGGAGCUAUGACCUCAGAGCCAUGCGUAUGCACAGAUGCAGACUUUGACUGUGAUUAUGGAUAUGAACGUCACAGAAAUGGGCAGUGUUUACCAGCAUUUUGGUAUAAUCCAUCUUCCUUGUCAAAAGACUGCAGCCUUGGACAGAGUUAUCUCAACAGCACUGGGUACCGAAAAGUUGUUUCUAAUAACUGCACGGAUGGUGUGAGAGAGCAGUACACAGCAAAACCACAGCAGUGUCCUGGCAAAGCUCCCCAGGGACUUCGCAUAAUAACCUCUGAUGGCAAACUUACAGCUGAGCAAGGACACAAUGUCACUUUUCUGGUGCAACUGGAAGAGGGAGACCUCCAGAGAUCCCUCAUUCAGGUGGAUUUUGGCGACGGCACUGCUGUUUCAUAUGCCAAUCUCAGCUCAACAGAAGAUGGGAUCAAACACACCUACCAGAAUGUGGGCAUAUUCCGAGUGACUGUGCUGGUGGAAAACAGCCUGGGAUCUGACAAUGCUGUCCUCUACCUGCACGUAACAUGUCCCUUGGAACAUGUUCAUCUAUCUCUUCCAUUUGUCACCACGAAGAACAAGGAGGUCAAUGCCACGGCAGUACUGUGGCCAAGUCAAGUGGGAACACUUACUUAUGUCUGGUGGUUUGGGAACAACACAGAGCCACUGAUCACUUUGGAAGGGAGCAUCACAUUUACAUUUUCUGUGGAAGGGAUGAAUACCAUCACUGUUCAGGUCUCAGCAGGAAACACCAUUCUUCAGGACACAAAGACCAUCGCUGUGUAUGAGCAAUUUCGGUCCUUGCGGUUAUCAUUCUCCCCAAACCUGGAUGACUACAAUCCAGAUAUCCCAGAGUGGAGAAGGGACAUCAGCCGUGUAGUCAAGAGAGCUCUGGUGGAGGCAACAGGUAUUUCAAGCAAGCAUAUUCUGGUCGCAGUGCUCCCUGGCCUGCCCACAUCUGCCGAACUCUUCAUUUUGCCAUAUCAAGAUGCCACAGGGGGGAAUAAAAGAACAGAAGACCUAGAGCAGAUUUCAGAAAUACUGAUCCAGAAGCUGAACCAAAACUUCGUUCAUUUUGAGUUGAAGCCAGGAGUUCGAGUCCUUGUCCAUGCUGCCCAUUUAACAGCAGCUCCCUUGGUGGACCUCACUCCCAGUCACAGUGGUUCAGCAAUGCUGAUGCUCCUCUCUGUCGUUUUUGUGGGACUAGCCGUGUUUGUAAUCUACAAGUUCAAAAGGAAGAUUCCUGGCCUUAAUAUAUAUGCGCAGAUGCAGAAUGAAAAAGAUCAAGAGAUGGUCAGUCCAGUCAGUCAGAGGGAAAGCAUACCUAAUGUCCCUCAAAGUGAGCUGAUGAGCCCUGAGCAACUAGUAGAUGAGAAGUUGGAUGUCCAGCCCAUAGAGCAACCCCAGGCCACAGUCCAGAACCCAAGGAAAGGAAAUGCAGCCAAGGUAGUCUGGACAGAGGACUUCCAAAAGGCUUGUGGAUCACCAAGAGGUUUCAAGCCAAGACCCGGAGCGGAAGUAUUUCCACAGCUGCUGAGCCCCAGAGCACAAAAGAAAUCCCUACCUAUGUAAAUGGUUGAAUUGAGGACAUCGAUAUAUAUCUAUAUUGGAGAAAAAAAGAGAACUCAUUGCAUUUGGACUUUUUAAUUCUUCAGAUGACAAAGGGUUUUUAGCUUUAAGCCUGUGCAUGUGGACAUUAUACUGAGACCAUAGCAGAACUGCAUUGUACAGGUGUUCAAUUUUAGUGGGGGGUGGGGGGAGAGGAACUGGUAUCACUAUUCACCCCUGCAGCCCUUCCCCUCACCCCUCCACUCUCUUUUCUUCUGAUCUGUCUCUAAUUUGUAGAAAAUUCAUAAUGAUAUAGGCCAAGAAUAUGCAUGGGGGUCUCUUCUUUAGGGAGAUGGGUGAGCUGGGAUGUGGGGGGAGAAGGGCUGGGGAGGUGGGAGGGAGCAUUUAGGGUUCUUGGCUUUAGAUUUAACUGCUCUUUUAGCACUUUGGGCUGGGGAGGGCUAGCCGCCCCAUCAGACUUUCAUAGGACACAAAAGAAAUCACACUGGAGUUUAAUGGCACUGAAAAUCUUCUUGGGUCAGUCUGGUUUAUGUCUUAGUUUGGACUCUACCCUUCAUUCCUCUAGCUGCAGCUGCUGCCUGUACCUGACAGUUGCGUGGAAACUGAGUAUGAGCUCGGGCAAUCCCAAAUGCAAAGCCAGGGUCCUUAUUAAACAGCUUUUUAGCCUACUCACACGAAGGAACCCCUUUGAUAGCACUGUUUGGAAAUAACUUUCUGCCUCCUAACCUUGGACUGAACAGAACUAGGAUACAUUGCAGGCAGAGAGGUCUGUAUUGCCAGCAUGAACUCACACUGCAUUUUGUACCAGCCUUACACCUUAAAUUUUGACUAAGAUAAAGCCUAGUAACACUCUCUAGUGCUUUUAUUGUUGAUCUCGGGAGUUGUGUGGGGAAGUCCAGGAGAUCUCUGCCUUUUGGGCGUCCCCCCACGGCCUGCCAUUUGUUUGAAAGACACUUUGUCCAUAUAACAGGGAGCGGGGAACAGUCUGUUUGCAGUUUCUCAUGACUUUCUUGGAAAACCCAAUUGUUUUCUGCAAACUACUGCCGUUUGAGGUGGAGGAGGGGAGAGCAAAGCUGGAUUGGGCUUGAGCUUGUUCCCAUAUAUAUUUUGAUGCCUGGCACCACAGGACAGUUGUUGUACAAGGUCUGCAUUCUUACCAAUAAUGUAAGUGGUGUCUUACAUUGCAACUGGAAAUGUGACUUCAGGACACGUGCAUGUAGGCUACACAAAAGAAUGGGGAAAGCAGACUUAGCACACCUCAAGUCCUUCCAGAGAGCCAGUAGCAGCCGGUUCAUAAUCAGUGUAGCAUGGUUAGGAUGCACCCUGAUUCCUGAUAUGAAUGUGUUUUGUUCAACAGAUGUUGCACAAGGCAGCCUGGGGUACUGGAGCUGGGGAGGGAUGAUUUUGAAUUUCUCUGUCACAAAUUGGACACCAACACCACCCAACCUACUAGCUGACAAAAUAAAUAAAUAAUAAUAAUUAAAAAAAAAAAAAGUGAUGCCAAAUGUAAGAGCACCCAUCAGACCCAUAGGAGGCAAAGGAUGAUCACAUUAUGAAGUCCUUUGCCGCUUUCUGUAGUCUCUCUGCAGACAGGUAGAAACACAGCAGUUUGUAUGGCUUUGCUAUUGUGUUUGCAACUACAGCUUUAAGAAAGAUGGGAAAGUUUUGGUAGCAACUGUAUAAUACUCCCCACUGAAGUCCAACAUUAGCCAACUUAUUUUUAUAGUAAGCCAAUCAAAAAGUUUUCUUAUAGUGUUGGAACUAUUUCUAAUUUUAAAAUUACUUUUUUUGAUGUAUUUUUUCAUCUUCUUUUUCCCUUUCGUUAAAUACAAUGUAGCGUAAUGUAUAAUUGCUAUUGUUUAUUGCUUUUACAGUCAUAUUUAUUAAACAGAUUAUGUCUCUAAAUGAA